AUGCUGGGAGCUGCACUUAUAGGACGGCGUAAAAGCUCUGUUGCCAAAGGGAAAACUUUCACCGAGGAGGAAAUCAAGGGUUAGUUUUGCGAAGUGCGUGACACGCUGGGUAGCGCGGGUUUGAUUGAUAAGCACAAAGGUCAUAUGCGUUUUGAAAGCUCUCCCCCCCGCAACGAUCGAUCGCAACGAAGGCUAUCGGUCGUCGUUCGUUCUAGUCGGUGUUUUUGCGGUACAGAAAACUCAACCUUGUUGCUUGCUUACAACAGCGACCCAACCGCCGCUUAUCAUCUCUAUCGGUGUGUCUUGUCAACCGUGUCCGGGGAACUAACGGAGUGAUAAGAUGCAUUGCAGAUGAACUGUUCUGUCGGUGGUGAUAGCGAAAAAGAAGGCCAUCAAGUCCUAAAGUGCCCGUACUAUUCGUCACGGCAAGAAAGUUUGCUGUCUUGUAUCUACACAUAUAUCGUCGCCGGUUUGUUUGCAUCAACCCACCACCCAAGCAUCCCAAACCACUGGAGGAGUGAUUUCACGGUCCCCCGGUGGGUGAUGCUGUCUGCUGCUGUCGGCUGAAGGUCGCCAACACUAGCUACGGGCACAGCAAGCUCUGGUACUCUGCUUUCGAUUCUGCUUCGCUUUCGGUCCCGUCUUACCACCACACGACGUACAGUGAAAUCAUAUUAAUCAACAAGAUAAGGAAACCCCUGACAAAGAUCUCAGCGGGUAGCGUCGGAGCGUUUCGAGUGGCGGUCCUCGAGACCACAGCGCACACCCACCCGGGUGGUGGUAGAGGUGGGACAGCAAGAUAUGAGUAGUGGCUCGCGAGCGAUGGGCGCCGAAGGAAACAUGGCACGGGCGAGCAGUAUCGAGCAGCGGACGGAGGUCGCUGACAGCCACUCAGUGCAGCUGUUGGGAACGAUAGAGACGUCGCCAUCGUCAUCGUCAUCGUCGUCGUUACCUGGUGAAGUCAACUUCGGCGGCAAGGAGCACAGUGUGGACAGUAAUUUCCUGACACCGCGCGCGGCACGUGAAGGAACGCCGCCACGGGCGGAUGCGCAGAUCGAAAUAGGUUUACCGCCGCGACCGGCCCCGACCGGAUGUGCCAGUGAUAGUGGUGAAAGAAGCGACAGUACCAACAGCGGUUCUGCCCAAGCGCAACCGACGGCCGAGAACGCCCAGCCCAAGAAGAAGGUCAUCCGGCGCAUCGUAAAGGUCCGGCGCGUCGUCAAGAAGAUGAAGAAGAAGGACGAAAAGUUCUAUCUGCGAACAGCAUUUGACCUGCUCGACCGUGACCAGGAUGGGCACGUGACGCCAGAAGAGCUGCAGUUCAUGCUGCGAAACCUUGGCAUCCACGUGCGGGACGAGCUGAUCGACGAUCUGCUGCGGGAAGCCAGUCGGACAGGCAGCGGACUGAUAGAUGAAACAGAGUUCCUUCAGUGGGUGGCGAGAAUACAGGCCCUAAAAGACGACAGCAACACCAGCAGCAGCAGUAGCAGUAGCAAUAAUCCCGCCCAGUCAGCCGACGACGAUCUCACGCAGGAUCUGGUGGCAGCGUUCCGAGUAUUCGACCGGGAUGGCAAUGGGUACAUAACGCGAGACGAGCUCAAAUCCGCCAUGGACAUGAUCGGCGAAAAUGUGACCGAGUACCAGCUGAACGAGAUGCUGGAACUGGCCGACGCGGACAAGGAUGGCCGAAUCAACUACGAAGAGUUUGCCCGGUUGCUGCUGUAAAAUGCGUCGGCCGCAUGGAUUCCAUCUCGGCAAGGACUUCAACACGUCACCAUCCCCUACAGCCAGAAUCCAGCUUUACAGGAAUUUCUGUACCCAACCUGAGCUCAUCGUGAACAUAUAUUUUACGGAAAAAUGCUUUAAUUAAGAAGAAGGUUUUGCGGCCACUUUUAAACUCCCCAAAAAUAUAGGUUUUUUGUUUGUGUGUACCAAUCGAACUGACUUAGCAAAACUGGCAGCUUGUUUCUGGUUCUUCAACUAAAAUUUCUUUUUUUAGUUGUGGUUUAUUUGUAUCGCGUUACCGAGCAUAGAAUAUGUUUUUAAACACAAGGAAAACUGUAUACAUCUCAACCGUUUUACAUCGCAACGUUAUCGGCCAUUUUGUAUCGCGCGAGGAAUGCGAACGAAAAAACUAAAAAGACAGAAAACCAAAACUGGGGCAAACAAAGCAAAACAAUACCCCCUCCCCAAAAGCGCAUAGUUUAAUAAACACAAGUCCAACCAGUUGUUGUUAUUGAAUGUUGUCUAGCUGUCUUAGCUGUCGUUGUACACCACCGCUAAGAAACUUGGUAGCAAUUAGAGGUUAGAGUGGGUAUCUUUCAUUUUUAUUUUGAGCGCCUUUUUCAGUUCAGUUUGAUUGUUGUCUUUUUGAAACGGGCUAGCGAGCGAUAACGUUUAUCAGAGCAUAUUAAUACACAUAAAUACUCCUAUCUAACUCCUAUUUAAAAAAAAUCCACUAAAUGCUAAUGUAGGUGACACCUGGGUGAAGAAAGAUAAUCCUGCGAGAGCGGGUGGGUAUCAAAUUAUCUUAACCACCUCUAAAACCCAAAAAUGUUUGUAAUUAUCCGUGUAAAAUCAUUACUCAAACUCUUAAAUACUCCUCCUAUUUAACAUUUAAUCACUCCUAUUGCUUCGCUCUAUAUAAUACUGCAAAUAUCACCCAGCAAGGCGGUUUUGCUUUUGGAGGGACAGCAAACGCUCCAAACUAGUGUGUAAGCGGGAGGGAAGUGUGUUUGUUUUUUAAAUUGUGCAGAGAGCUUAGGGACAUUUUUUUUAAUGAGCCAGACCGCCGAAUGAAGGAAUUUGAAUGGCGUGAGUGGUAGUAGAUUGGAUGAUGUUCCUGCACGUGGAGGUGAGUGAAUGAGCGCGAAUGUGUGAAUGACGGGCAGGCAGUUCAUAAUCAUACCUAUAAAAUUAAGCAAACACUGAAACUAUUUAAACACUGUAAGAGUUAAGCAGCAAAACAAAAACUAAACUCAAAUCCAACAGAGAGAAAAAAAAGGUGGGAAAAGCAUCUACGUUUAACGCUACGAAUAUUCGACUAGCUGUGCGCUGGGCGCUGCUGAGCGCUGCGCUGUUGUGCCCCUCCCAGCAGGGACACACACACACACAUAUUGUGAAUAGAAGAUUAAAACUGACUACCUUUCCCGGUGGAAUGGAUCCAUCGCGGAAGGAUUUGUAUUUUUCCUUCAGUUUAAAACUGUGUUUGUGUGUGUUGUUAAAACCGUGUGACUCGUGUGGCGUUGUGUAAAGGAAGAGGAACCUGUUUGCCAACAGUUCGCAUUGGUUUUUUAGAGAUGUAAGAGAGAAAAAUAUAUUGUAAUAUCAUUAUUGAAAACCAUGAAUCAUACGAGGAGGUUAUUUUGUUUCUGUUGCGCACACGUGUCCAAUAUUGUAUUAGCGCCCGUUUGUGCAUAAAAAUAUACAAUUUAUUUUAAAAUAUUUAAAAAAAAAUCCUCCCGAUGGCACAGAAACCCAUAUUAUCCCUGUCUAUGGCUAAAUAUAGCAAACAACACACAAAACCAUUAUUGCUGUGUAGGAAGCGCACAAAUGUGGGUUGGUUUUAAGGAUUAAAAUAAGUUAAACACUUUACUGCUGUCUCUCUGAUUAGCAUAUAGGCUAGACGUUACUAGACGAUGAGUCGAGAUAGCUCUUAUCUUCUUAUCGUUGUGCAAAAAAAUCGUUUUCGUUUAAUUUUCAAUGUAAAAAAGAAAUCAGAAUAGAUCAUCACACAUUGUCUACCACGGUUUGAAAAAUCAAACGUCAAACGUCUUAAAGUGUGCUACACAUUGCUGCUUGAAGAAUCGAUUCAAGCAUCUAAUCGUUACGCAGUUGUUAUUGCUUAAUUGUUACAAAGAUUUACACACAGCCCGGCAUCAGCAACCAAGACAUUUGUUAAUGAAGCAAAAUGUAUAACAAAAAAAGAAAUAACAUUUGUUGCAAGCAUUGUGAGUGUCUUUGCUUUUAUAACAAACAAACAAACGGAAAACGCUGGAUGGAUUGAACGAUUUGAGAGAUGGGGGGCUCAACAGGAUGGAAGGACGAGGAAUUGUACGGACAGCAUAAUAAAGUCAACAGAAAGAACUAAACAAUCGCUGACUGAUUUUUACACCCGGCAGCAGUACCACAACGGACCUGCCCGGCCCGCGUAUUGAACCCCGACGCAGUAUUGAACUAUUCGGAGGUGGCAACAAAAAACUCCACCACCGAAAGUGAAGUGGAAACGUGCACAAUAAACAGAAAACUGGGAGUGGGACAUUUAGAUGCUAGUGUUGUUUAUAGUUAAUAACAAUUUUUAAAAUCGGGGGAAAAUUGUGGCUGCAACUCGUGGCAGCUUUUUUGUAGAAGACGAAUAAAAAAACUCAUUUCAUUGCUCCUUCCAGUCAGUAGUUGGGAGCUAGGCUGAUGAAAUCACAAGCGCCGCUUUUCUAGCUAAAAAUUCCAAAAAUUCUCCUCAACUUGAAAGCUAUUUCCCGCCCAAUUUUGCCCAGCCCGAUUGAAAAGAGGAUAUCCUGAAGGUGAAGAAUUGAUGUACGGCUAGCUAGCUAGCUUAGUAGAAAUGAGCAUGAGCGAUCAGUCCUCGAUCAACACUACAACCCGACCCUUCAAGUAGUUAAACGACGCCGUGUGUUUGUGUGUGUGUUUGUCCCUUUCUGUGUGCGUUAGUGUAUUGAUGUAUGUGAGCAAGAGCAAGUGGAACAGUCCCCCGUAGAAUGGUAGGCUAACAAUAAAAACAAGCUAAAGCGAAAACGGUCUUCAAAGUUAAACACCAACGUUUAUGCCCCCGGCCCCAAAGGCCGGUACAAAAACGUGCUUCAUUUUGCCAUCUACCGUGAUAUGGGAUGGGUUAUAGUUUUUUUGUUUCGAAUUUUUCCUUGUUAGAUGAUCAUCUCGCUUCGCUUACUGCUACAGUGAGUGCUGAAAGUAUUUGUCUAGCUAUAGUAUAUUUUCCAAGCGACAAAGGUGAGGUUUGGAUGGUGUGAUAGGCAUAUGGAAGGAAAGCUAACGAUCAAAGGGUUUAGUAGUUGGAACAGGAAUAUACACUUCUGUUUUUGUAGAACAGCUUUUAAUAUAAUAUUUCAACAAGAAUAUAAAACCUUUAAAAUGUAAUUAUGGUUGACACAAGCAAACAAGCAAUAAUUAUUUAUUUCUUUAUUUUUGACAACACUUCACAAGUCGUUUCUUCCAUGUGAUUUGACUUAUUUCGAGCAAGAAAUGGCUGGUUGAGAGAGGGUGUUUAUACACUGGAUGGAUUGGAGAGUCUCUAGGCUAAGAGGAAGCAGAUCAUACGUCUGUAAAAUUAGUGGAACCCAAUGAACACUUAAGAGGGAAUAAUCAUGUGGAAAUCUUUCGUUUCUUUGGUCGAACAAUUUAUGAUCGCUGCUAUGCCAUAAAAUAAAUGCAAAUAGAAUAACGAAACGAUCGUUUGAUGAAAAAAAUACUGGAAAUUAUGGUUAAAUGUUGCGAGUUUUAAACUUCAACAAGGAAUGCAGAAGGAUGACUUUUGGAACCGAUUAAAUUAUUUUUAAUACAGGCAAGUUAAACUUGUUCAAAAAAUUGGAUCAGUUCAGAGAAUUUGAUCUAAAAAAAUUCUAUUUGAAUUUUAAAUUUGAAUCUUGUGUACAUCACUAAGUACCGGGGUACUAAGCAUCUCCAACAGCCUCCUCACAUCUCCGAUAUAAGUACAAUUGAUCAUAUUUGCUACGUAUCAGCUAAUAGAAAAAAAAAGUUUAAACGAAAUUCCGUCUUCCGAAACGGCCAGUGAAAUAAUCUCGAUGCCAGUAUAGACUAAUAUCAGUCCCAGAUGCGUACCGAUACCCAACUAAAUACCAGAUUUUUUAGUCUGAUUUAAAUUUUUCCAUGGACAAUUGAAAAAAUAUUUUAUUGACCAUUUUUAAACAAAUCUUAUGUACAUUUUUGAUUUGAAACAAUAAAACCGAUCGUUAGUUUAAACAAAUUGCAGCUAGACAUACACUUUUAGCACUCACUGUGUACGCAUCAGACCACCAUAGCUGCAUAGCGUGACUAGCUAAUAAUGGCAAAAGAAGCGAACCCGUUUGUGUGUUUCUGUGUGCAGCAAAAAGCUUCAACCAGACAGCAAUCUAAAAUUAUAUAAAGAGAAUAUAUCAAUUCACCAAAUUUAAACAAAAAACAAAAAAACGGAACAGAUAAACGGGCAAAACAAAGUUAGCUAUUUUUGGAGAUAUUUUUUUGAGUAUCUUGCUGAUCCUGUGGUCGUACAACAGACAGGGCAGGAUAAGAGCGCGAAUAGGAGGGCGCUAGGCAUAAAUAAGCAUACCAGCGAGCAGCGAGCGAUCAUAUAAUUGUUUAUUGAGUGUUUAGCUAAGCGAGUAGUGUACUACCUAAAUCGAGAACGUGAUCCAAAUGUUAAAGUUGUUACACUAAGCUGGUGAUGGGCUUACUGCGUACGCUACUGGCGUUACAGCAUUGAUGCUAUCCAGAUUCCGUUCGGCUUCUAUUGUACGUCUAAUAUACGCGUAACAUAACCAUUUGAAAAACACUCACCCAGAUACACCGACCGACAUGUAUGGCAGCAUUCAAAUAAGCAUACUGAAAACCUUAAAAACUACACUACCGUCUAAGAAAAACUAAUCCAUUACGCACUAUUAACUAACUGGUGGCUUGCAUACAGUGGCCACAUUACAACGCGAAAGAAAGGAUCCCGUGCUGGCAGCCUGUAGUUGUCCUACGCCACAAUGAAGGGGUUGAAUGGGGACUGUUCUAUAUCUUUUUCCUGUCCAAAGUUCGACCGCAUCUACCACUAUUGGAUGGGGCAAUCGGAGUAUCUAGGAUUUGCUAUGUGUUGAGAAGAGAUCGGAAAAUUAUGUAUUUGUAAUCAUCUUUUGAAAAUAUUUGUAAAACUUAAUAUAAACUGCUUUCGACCGAUUGCUCUAGAGCAUUCAAUCCUAGUUUCCAACAGCUUUUACUCCAUUCAAGCUGAUUUUCCCUAUUGAAGAUAUUUCUUUUACCGGAAAACCCCACUUUAAAAUUAAGUUUUUUUAAGUAACCUCGGGAUAAAAUAAGCUUUUGUUUUCAAUUACCGCCAGCUUGUCUACUUCCCCUUCAAAUAAGUGUCCAACCGAAUUUCCCUCCCCCAUUUCGUUCUUCAUGAAAUCCAUUCAUUGGAACUAAGCCAACAGCAAGAUCACACAAUGGGCACACAAGCAGCGUUAAGCAAAGCAGCAAAAGAAAAGAAAAAAAACAAACGAGCAAAAAUAAAAAUAUAUUGUGGCCUUUUUGAGUAAAAAGAAAGAAAAACGAAGUGACAAAAAAACCCUACAUUAAUCAGCAAACGGUUGCAUGAGCAUAGCGAGGGUAAAUUACACAAGCGCAACAAAAGCUGUUAAUUUACGCGUGAGUAAAAGCAUAGCAGUGAUUUAAGUUUUGUGUGUGUGUGAGUGUUUGAUUUUUUUCUGUUGCCGAUUAGGUUAGCUUCCGUUACGCGUUCAAUUUUGCAUUGGGGGCAACAAAAUCGAAUAUUUGUUUUCUUAUACCAUAUCAGGAAGGUGACGGGAGAGGCCCUUGGGAAAAAAGUGCUAGUGUUACGGUUGAUCGGCAGCCGAGCCUAGGUGGGGGAUCAUCAACGGAGGAUGAAGAUAUUUAAUGAUAAAAAACAACCAACAACAACCACAUACAAUAAACAAAACUAAAACGUGUGUACUGAUUUUAAGAGGAAAAGUAAAGUAAUCAAUAUUUUAUAUACGUUGGCGAAUGGUGUUUUCCUUCAUUUAACCAUGGAAGUGAUUAGAUGGGAAGGAAAUCGCUGGACACGUCGGUCAAGACACAUCGUCGUCCAGAGAAAAUAGAAAAAAAAGGUGAAGAAAGAGGAAAACCCGCCCCCCCCAAAAACACACUUUUUGUGUGAUUUCGUUUCUGUUUUCGGUUCACUUGUGAUUUAAUAAUGAUAAUUAUAAAAAGAAGUAACAAAAUGGAUACCGACUCACAAGCACCGGCUGGUGUGGCAAACAAACACGAGGGGGUAGGUGAGCUAGCUUACGAUUUAAACACAAGCCACAUAAAUCAAAACAUUAUACUAAAAGAAAAAAGGAGCUAGGUCCGUUUCGCAAAACAUACAACAACUGCAGCUGUACUGCUUUAAUGCAUUAUUUCGCGAAGACGAGCGAAAACGAUUUAAAAUAGCAGAGCAGGAAGAGCUGAGGGACAGGAUUGGUAAAACCAUUUGUUAUGAGAUUGUGUGCUGGUGGAAUCGAUUGGUGGAAUAAGAGAUGAAUAAACCAUAAGAAAGUUGUUUUCAAACCA